GAUCUGAAGCUUAAACUUCAACACUCUCAGAGUACCGGUAGUAUGACUGGUGGUUCAAGUAUGAUGCGCCAUUCCUCAUUUGAUGAAUUCUGUAAAGUGGUUGAGCGGGAAAGAAAUCUGCUAAUUGAAUCAACGUCUGAACCCACAAGCCCUGUUAAAAAGCUAAAUUUUGAUGGUGAGUCCGGAUCUCUUAAAAAGUUUGUCUUUUCUUUGCUGCUUCAUUUCAUAUUUGCUUUUAUUAUAUUUUACACUUAACCACUGUAACAUCACAAGAUUGUUUGUUUUGACAAAAGAAUAAUGCUCACAAUAAAAUCAUUCUGCGUAUGAAUACAGGUGAUGAAUAAUAAUAAAAUUUAAGCAUGUAUUUGCAGUCUGAGGACGUGUUUUUUUUUUUUUUUGGGUUAUCAGUGAGAUGAUCAUAUUUAUUGCUGUUGAGAAAGUAAAAUGGUUUAUAAUGAAUUAUAUUCAAGUACUGCUUCGAAUUCAUCCCAUGGGAAAAAUCAUUCUGCGUAUGAAUACAGGUGAUGAAUAAUAAUAAAAUUUAAGCAUGUAUUUGCAGUCUGAGGACGUGUUUUUUUUUUUUUGGGUUAUCAGUGAGAUGAUCAUAUUUAUUGCUGUUGAGAAAGUAAAAUGGUUUAUAAUGAAUUAUAUUCAAGUACUGCUUCGAAUUCAUCCCAUGGGAUUUGAGUCAUUCUAUAUUUAUGCAAUGUAUUUGUUUACUGUAAUACAAUGAAGUUAAGCGUGUCAAAACCUUGCUCAACAUUUAAUUUUACAAGUUGCACAAGUGAUGUCCAAGAUAAUAGAUAAAUAGAAACCUGGUCUAACAGUAAUAAUUAGGCAGAUUACACACAAUAAAUAGGACAUUUUAUAGCUCAGCCUUUUAUUCCCCCCCCCCCCCCCCCCCUUUUUUUUUCUACCCUUUUUUUUCCCCCCCCCCCCCCCCUUUUUUUUAUCACCAAAACUUAAGUCUCAGAAUAUCCUCUUUAUAAAACUCUUAAAAAUAGACCUCACUUUUAAAAUAAGUCUUAACAUUUAUUGCAUGUAAUUCUUAAUUUGAAUUUUUAUUCUCUUUUUAUCUCAUGCUAAAUAGUAUUCUCUGUAUUUAAAUAUAUUAUCCUCAUUUUAAAAAAUUAAUACCCUCUUUGAAUUCAGUUGGUUAUUUUCUGGUCAGUCAGUAAAUUUAUUGCGUUUGUUUUAAUUCAGAUACACAAGAGGACAAGGCCCACAAGUUUGCCAUGCCUGUGACCAUAACCAAGCACCUUAGCUUUGAUGAACAGAUGAUGAGAAAUGUUCAGCCGUCUCAUCCUAGGGCAGUCCACAAUUUUCCUGAAAAAAUCAUUCACAAACCGAGGGCUAUGCCUGCUGUAGCUCAAGCAAAAAAUAUUAUUUUAUGCACACCCACCCCAGGCACCAAACCUACAGAGACAAUUAUCUUGUCCAAGAGUGGUGAGGUCAAAUCCAUCAGUAACCACGGGACAUCUCAGCAAAUUCCAUUGUCCAGAUCCCAAUUUCAGCAGGUGCUCCAAUCGCUCAAGAUAGCCAAGUCACAUGCCCAUAGGCAGAUAAGCUUUAACAAACCACCUGAGGAGGAAGCUAUGGGGAAUACUAUACUUGGUCAGAGCCUUCUGCAAUCACCCGAGUAUAACAUGGCUGUUCUCAACGAGACGAGCCCCAUGCCCGGCACAACAUUUCUUAACCGUACUCUGAAACGCAACAUGGUAGAGGUAAAUAUUCCCAAUGAUAAAAGAAUUAAGUUGGAAGCUCCAACACCGCCUUCCGGAACGGUCUCGGAUGAGCCUGAAGCUGGCUUAACUCCGACAUUGGUUAGUCAUGACUUGAAAAUAGGUCUGAGGAGGCUAAACAGUAUGCCCAUCACUCAUUCAGGUACCACACCGUCACCUACUGCUCGAUACAUGCCACAGAUCAUAGUUCAUCGAAUCAAUAGACCUCAGACUAAUCAGAGGAUCACUGUCCAGCUGGGCAGUGAUUUAUCAGGCUCCACUAAGUGUGCUACUGUUCUCAGUAGCGGUACAGCUGCUAUGCUGAACGGUGGCUCCAACAAAAUUGUUAUUGACAACCUGUCUUUGACACCUGGUACAUCGUUCUCAACCCAGCCAAGAACAUUGACCAGUACACCUAGA